AUGGCAGCUACAUUCAACGAUACGGAUGGUCGAAUGCAAUUUCUUACUGACUGUAUUCAUUUUCUUAAUGGCAUAUGUAACAAAGGUGAUAGAUGUCGAUUUCGUCAUUGUUCAACGGCUGCCAAUCAACUAAACAAAUGCUUUAAAUGGCCUACAUCGUGUAGAGAUGAAAACUGUCGCUAUCGACAUCCAUCCUUGCCAAAGGCAAUCAAUAAUCAAUCUUUGCCUCUGUUUCCAAUGCCAUCAGAACGAGCUGACCUUAAUAGACGGCAAGUAUCACAAGCAGAAAGUCCUGCGAGUAUUUUCUGGGAUAUCGAGGAUGUAUACGUCCCGAACAAUCAAAAAGCUUUUGAUAUCGUUCAACGUAUUCGUCAACGGGUGAUUCUCGAGCUCAAUUUGCGGGAAUCUGGUUUUACUUGCUAUUGUGAUAUUGCCUCGAUUUCAAUAGAAACUCAGCGUAGUCUACUACACGCUAACGUGCGCACCGUUCAUGUACCAUCACAUAAACCGGGUAGCGUUCAUCGUCAAAUUUUACUCGAUCUCGACCGAUUCGAACGAGCACAUCGUCCACCGGCCGUUAUCGUGCUUAUUUCGGAUGCAGUCGAGUUUUUAGGUAAACUUACUGAUUUGCGUCAUCAAGCUGGCUUCAAUAUCAUUACCAUAAGCAACAACUCACAGUCAGAAGAUACGUUUAAGUCUAUUGUUAACAUGCAUUACGACUGGAAUAUGUUUAUCAGAUCAGAGAGGCAUACAUCUUUGGCGCGAACCAGUAACAGGCGCAACAAUAGCUUCGCCGAAAUAAAAAAUAGUUUAUCAACAUCGAAGAUUACUUGUUUUCAAUGUGCAAAAGAAUUCGACAAUGAGCGUGCACUACAACAGCAUCAAGAAGACAAACAACAUUUAUAUGAAUGUUCAAUGUGUGACGUUGCCUUCUUCACUGCAGCCGCUCUCAAACAACACGAACGAAAAGAGAAGCAUUUCAAAAAGUCCUUCAAACAAAACAAACCCUAUGAUCACAUGGAUACUUUACCUUCUUCAACAACAUUAUCACAUAGAAAUCGUGUAUUCGAUUGUCCUCAAUGCAUAUAUGGAUUCGAUACCGAACAUGCUCUAUUCGCACAUCAAGAAAGAGAUAAUCAUUUUUUUAGAUGUCCGCAAUGCUCUCAAGGUUUUUUCUCUCAUGUCGAUCAGCUACAGCAUCAAAGAGACACUAAUCAUGGCGAACCUGAUUUUACUUGUGACUUAUGUGGGAAAAGUUUUUUCACAGAAGUGAGUCUUAUUCAACAUAAGAAAAGCACUGGCCAUGGUGACUUGAACCUCGUUCCAUUUCCUCCUGACUUGCAAUUGCCAGUACAGCCUUUGUCGAUAAUGCCUAAUCAAUACGCCACGCAAAUCUGGUCUCCUACACCAAGUAACACUGAAAUUGUUCCUAAUUCAACUUCCGAUAACAUGAACACGACAACAGGGAUUAUACGUACGGGCGCCGAGAUUGUCAUAGCUCUUAUCGAAGCCUGGAACUCGAAGAAAUAA